CGUCACGACGCAAGGGCGGAUGUAAACACUGGUCGUUUUCACGUGGAGGGAAAAUCAACCAUGGCACCCAGGCUGGAGCGUUUUGUCAGCCCGGGGAAGGGUAAUGGUUUGCGGGCUACAGCCAGUAUCAAAAGAGGAGAGCUGGUGUACUCUGCCGAGCCGCUGGCGUGCUGUGUCUCCAACAAACAUGCCAAAGAAGUCUGCCACCACUGCUUUACACGACAUGAGACCUUGUUGAGAUGUUCCCAGUGCAAGAUGGCCCGCUACUGCAACAUCACCUGCCAGAAACAAGCAUGGUGCGACCAUAAGAGAGAGUGUAAAUGCCUGCGAAGCCUCCUGCCGAGAAUUCCCACUGACUCUGUCCGUCUUGCUGCGAGGAUCAUCUUGGCCCUGUUAAACCCGUCUCAGAGCAGCGGUGGUGAGGAGCUCUACCCUUUAGAGGAGCAUGAAUCACAUUUGAGCUCCAUGUCUGAGCACAAGAAACAAGGUCUGUCUGAGCUGGCGUCCAUGUUGGAGCUCUACCUGCAACAGGAAGUACCUCACCUGACAUCAGCCCUGCCUCCUUCCUGCCAAGAGCCCCUCAGCCUUAUUGCAAAGGUGACAUGUAAUUGUUUCACCAUCAGUGACGGAGAGCUGCAGGAGAUUGGAGUUGGGCUGUAUCCGAGCUUAUCUCUGUUAAACCAUGACUGUAGGCCAAACUGUGUGAUGGUGUUUGAGGGAACACGACUGCAGCUCAGAGCGGUUCAGGAUAUCAACGCUGAAGAGGAGCUUACUAUAAGUUACAUCGAGACGUUGUCACUGUCUGAAGAUCGACAGAAACAGCUGGAGGAGCAGUACCAUUUCACCUGCCAUUGUCAGCGCUGUGACUCUCAGGACAAAGACGAACUCUUGCUGUCUGGAGCAGAAUCAAGAUGGCGGCUGCUGAAAGAGGCUCUUCCUGGAGUGGAAAAACUGAAAGUAGAGUCCAAUUGUGAAGAACUGCUGGAGAGUUGUAGUCAUUUAAUAUCAACAGCUGAAGAUGUGCCUGAUGAAAAUCUGUACAAGCUUAGACUGACAGACAUGGCUUUAGACGCUUCCAUUCAGCUGGGGCUCUGGGAGAAGGCUUUGAGAUACGGCGAGUUAACACUUCCAGUAUACAGACGAUACUACCCUGAUCCUCACCCGGUGCAUGGAGUGCAGCUGAUGAGGGUCGGAAAGCUGCAACAUUACUUGGAACGUCUUCAGGAUGCACUGGACACAUUCAGACAGGCAUAUCAAAUCAUAAAGAUCACCCACGGUGACGAUCACCCCUUGACUACAGAUCUAUUGAUGAAGAUGGAGGAAUGUCGCGCUGAAAUGGACCAACAAUCGUCCAUCAGUCAUUAAGACACGGCGGCAAAAACAUCAGACUGAUUUCACUUUCUAUCCAAUUUUCUUAUACCUUUUUAAAAGUGUCAUGAUCAUGUUUUAAAGACUUGUAGCAUAAACAAAAAGUCAACAACAAUACACAUUGCCUUAUUCAUUUUUUAUUACAUCAAUAAUUUAAAUUGCUUUGUCUACAGUCUGUUUUUUUAUUUCCUCACAAAGUUUGUUAUAAUGAUUUCUCUUUAGUUUCUUUCCUUUGGUGGAAAAAAGGAAAAAAUAAAGGAAUGAUAUGUUUUCACCCAG